AUGGGUGCUUCCGAGAAGACAUCUAUAUGGCAGGCCUUCUCAUCCCAUCGGAAAGAGCGCAAAGAGCGCAAAGAGCGCAAAGCAGGGACAACUACAAAAUCCACACCAACACAUUAUCCAUGGUCCCGAGGCCACACCAAUAGCUCAUCGGACCUUCCACCACCAUACGAAGAAUCCCAAGUCCCAACCAUCAAAAUCAGUGCCCCCGAAGAACCGGAGUCCGAUUCCCAGUACGCCUUCCUUGGCGAAUUCCACACGAUCUUCCUGGUAGAUGACAGCUCAAGUAUGAGAGGCGAACUUUGGCAAGAAGCCAAAGAAGCCAUCGCUGCGAUCGCCCCAGUCUGCACAAAAUACGACAGCGAGGGAAUCGACAUCUACUUCAUCAACCACCGACCAAAGCCCAACACCAACUCCAACUCCAACUCCAGUUCCAACUACAACUACAACCACAACUACAAUCCCAGCCGACGCUCAAGACUCGACGCCGGCGGCUAUCACAAUAUCAGGACCGCACAACGAGUAAACGAGAUCUUCACCUCUGUCAGACCCUCCGGCGGAACAGGAGUCGGCGGUCGACUGCAUGAUAUCCUGGACCCGUACAUGAAGCUGGUCGAAGCGAAGGAGUCAGAGAGACGAGCGCAGAAGGACGCAUCUGGCUCGAGCUUUUUGGCUAAGCCGGUAGACCCGGAGGCGGUUAAGUCGGUUAAGCCAAUUAACAUCAUCACGAUUACCGAUGGGGUGUUUACGGAUGAUGCGGAGAGUAUUAUUAUCAAGACGGCUCAGAGAUUGGAUGGGCCUUCUUGUCGUGCUAUCCCGUGGCAGGUUGGGAUUCAGUUCUUUCAGAUUGGGAAUGAUGAGAUGGCGCGGCAGUACUUGGAGGAAUUGGAUGAAGAUCUCGGGAGUCGGUGUAAUAAUUUGCAUAUGAGGGACAUUGUCGAUACUGUUUCUUGGAGGAAUCGGGCUGGGAAGAGGUUGGAGGGGGAUGGGAUUUUGAAGACUGUGCUUGGCGCUGUUCAUAAGAGGUUGGAUAGGAAGAAGGUAUAG